UAAAGUCUACGUGGCCCGAUUGUACGGACAGAGAUUCGCCUGAUCUUGGAUAGCGCGCAUAAACAUGAAGACCCUUAUCGUUUUAUCGUGCCUCUCGUUGUCGACGUUGGCUUUGCCGACAUACGCGCCUUAUCAACCGUACGUUAACGGGGUGCACGGCGGAGGAUAUUAUCACGGACCAGCGGCCCCGUUGGCCCAUGACGGUCGAGUGGUUGACACACCGGAAGUGGCUCACGCCAAAAAGGCACAUCUAGCAGCGCACGCAGCGGAAGCUGCCAAAACGGCACAUUAUGGGGGAGGUUAUGGGGGAGGAUAUUACGGGGGCGGAGACGGAGGUUACUAUGACGGAGGCUUUGCAGGAUACAAGGGCAUAAUUGCUCCCGCGGGCGGAAGUCACGGUUACUCCGGAUACCAUGGCAAAUAUCACGGUCCACCAGCACCGCUCGGCCACGAUGGACAAGUAGUGGAUACGCCGGAAGUGGCCCAUGCCAAGGCCGCGCAUCUCACCGCCCACGCUCACGAAUUGUCCAAAGUUGCUCAUCUAUCGUACGCGAACACCUAUCCGCACAUCUCAAUUCUCUUCUCUGCAAUGUCAAGCGUGAUUCUGGCGGCUCCACAGUGGUAUGGACCCCAUGCUUCUCCGGCGCCAUUGGGCCCCGAUGGUCGUGUGGUAGAUACACCGGAAGUCGCGCAGUUGAAAGCUGCUCAUUUGAGUGCUCUAGCGGAGGCUAAUGCACGGGCACCAAAGGGAUCGGGACCCAUAGGAGCUUACCCUGGCGCUUAUCCUGGCGCUUAUCCCCAAUCCAGCGGAUACGCUUCCGGAAAUUACCUUUCCCAUUACAGCGGACCACCAGCCCCACUAGGCCCAGACGGCCGCGUAGUUGACACGCCCGAGGUACAGCAAGCCAAGGCCGUACAUUUCUCUCUUUACAAUGCGGAAGCGCGGCGCGUGCCGGCCGGUCCAGCCGAUCCAAUUGCUGCUGGCGCCUACGAUCCAUCCUGGAACAAUGGUGCCUACAAUCCUGCUUGGGACGGCCCGGCCAGCAGCUACUAUUAAUUCGACCAC